AGGUUGUUCUACUCGCUCUGCAGCGCCCCUAGCGGUGAAGGUUAAACAUUGCAGCAGCUCAACCUGCUGGAGGGAAACAUCACUUUCAUCCUGCAGCUGCUGUGCAACAGGAUGCAGAGACAAAGCGCUGCGAGACUCACAGCAGGAUUACUGGUUUUAUCAGAGUGAUGGAGUGUCCCAUCUGAUCCAAUCAAGACAUGGUGUUAUCAGAUAAAAACUUAGGAUCAUCUGCUCCCAGCAAGAUCCCAGAGCGGUGCAGCCUGCGGCAUCAGAGCCUACCCUCCCCGGCCAUGUGCUGCGCCUGCGGCCUGUGCAUCAUGCUGGCUGGCAUCAACAUCACCCUUGUGGGAGCUUUUGCUUUUGGCACCUUCAGCCUUACAGCCAACCCUCCCAUCAUCAUCGGGCCUCUCUUCUUACUGUUGGCUGUGGCUUUCUUCACAGCCUGCUGCGUGGUCAGCAGGAGGCCACCCUCCCACGUGGCUCGAAGGGCCCACCGAGGGGAGAAUUGGGGGCUGAUUAGGAUGGGAACUGCAACUUUCGAGAUGGAGAUGAGUGAACAUACCCUCCAGGACACCACCGCCAUCCAGCUCAGCCCUACAAACUCCCCCAGCUCUUCUCACAAGUCCAUGUCGAACCAGGGGGACGGCACUGGGCUGAGCUUAUGUCGGGAUGAGACCAGGGAGCUGCAGAUCUCAGAGAUGAGUGACAUGAGGGCUGCUGGAGAUAAAACAAGUCUGACCACUGAAAGCAAAGAGAUCUCUUCCACACAGGCGUUACCUGUUCAGGACAUGUCCUCCUCCACGUAGCAUGUACCUGUAUCUACCCGACUGAUGGAUGCAACUAAGAGGACACAGUUGGAUCAUCUACAGUAUCUGCAAAACAAAGGAAAAAAAGACACUGGAUAGUGUAUUAGUCCAAGGCCCAAAUCAGAAAUAGGAAAACCCAAUAGAUACUCAAAUUAAAGUCCAUCCUAGUCAAAGCAGUUUCAGAUUUCUUUAAAAUCACACUAGCUGAAUUUAACACUGACAAAUUCUGCUUUUGAAAUUCAGCCUUCAUCAUAUAGUAGUUUUAAAUCCAAAGGAGGGAUUAAAGAGAUAUCAUUGUUCAUGCAGCAACAUAUUUGUUUCUAACCUUCAUCUGAUUUUUUUUUUUCUAAAUAAGUAAAUUUAUAGUGAAAAUAGUAAAUUCUUUUUUUCACGUAUUCUAUUAAUAUAUGGAAAACAUUUUUCUCAGGCUUUAAAUUUGUGAUUCCUGGUCAGAGCCAACGAAGCAUCCCUGAUGUAUGUUUGAGUUUCUUAAAUGCUUACGUGUUUUCUUCUCUUUCAUGUCAUGCUAUUGUGUGUUUUUGUUCAAGGCUACCACGCUGUAGCUUGAAACACGGUGCAGCUCCUGUGAUUGCUUAUUCUAUUACAGGAUAUUGUCACGUUUAUUGCUGUGCUUUAAGAUACACCUUAUCACUCUUCCAACAGAAAGAGAAUCUUAACCUUUGUUUUGCUUUUGUUUUUCCUGCCUGGUUUAAAUGUGCUUCAAUACUUCUUAUUUGUCUCCAGUAGGUUUACUGCUGUUUGUGAUGCUGCACUGUAUAUAAGGAUGGAGAAUAAUGUGUGACCAUCUGAGCGCCAUUGAGAUAAACGUUGCUCUGUAAUCUUUACUGAUACCGUUAACUAAAACUUCACAUGAUAAUACAGAGUUUCUCUUACCGUUCCACAUUACAUCUUGUAUAAGGUGAUAUAACCUUCAAACUGUGUAAACCUGA